AUGUUGGUUCAUAUCACUAGUCAAGAGGAGUUCGACUCGAUUAUUAAACAAAAAUCCGAUGCUUCCUUUAUUUUGUAUUUUCGAGAGGAGAAAUCCAAAAAUUGCGAGAAAAGCGAUGUGCGAAUGAGUCAACUAUCUCAACAACACCAAAAUAUUGAGAUUUUAUCGAUUGAUAUUAAAGAAUGUGCGGAGAUCUACAAUCACUAUAAUUUGUCUGAAAUUCCUGCAUUCGUUUUGCUGAAAAAUGGAAAAAUUGUGGAGAAACUGGAAGGAGAGGAUAAUAAGAAGUUUGAGGAGUUGGUGGAGAAGGCGUGUGGAUAG